AUGUCUGGCAUCACUCUCGUCAACCAGGUCAAGGCAUCAAAGUUCCUCUCGGGCAUCCUCCAGCCCGUCGCCAACGCCUUCGUCAACGCCUCCGGAUACCGCAAGCUUGGUCUCCGCUACGACGACGUCCUCCGCGAGGAGACAGACAUCAUCCGUGAGGCCGUCAACCGCCUUCCCGACAACGUGGGCUACGAGCGCGUCUACCGCAUGAAGGUCGCCUUCCAAUACUCGCUCUCUCACACCAUCGCCACAAAGGACACCGCCCUCAAGCCUGAAGACGAUAUCCGCUACCUUACGCCUGUUAUUGAGGAGGUUGCCGCCGAGUUUGCCGAGAGGGAUGACUUUAACAACAUCAAAUCAUACACCAAGUAA